GUCACUUCCUGUUUUUGAUCCGGAGCAACAACGUGGAGUCGGUGCAGUUCACCGGUGUGUAGUAACAGUGUUAUGUGUGACCAGAGUCUUCACUUUCCACAAUGCAGAUAUCCAGCGUGAAUGAUGUGAAGAUUUAUAAUUUAAGUCACGGGAAAUCUCUUCCGGAGUGGCUGUCAGAUCGGAAAAAGAGACAGUUACAAAAGAAAGAUGUCGACAUCCAGCGCAGGAUUGAGCUCAUCCAGGACUUUGAGAUGCCCACAGUGUGCACGUCCAUCAAAGUAUCCAGGGAUGGUCAGUUCGUCCUGGCAGCGGGCACAUACAAACCCAGGAUCCGUUGCUAUGACACCUACCAGUUGUCACUGAAGUUUGAGCGCUGUCUGGAUUCAGAUAUUGUGGCUUUCGACAUCCUGUCUGAUGACUACUCUAAGUUGGUGUUCUUGCACUGUGACCGCUACGUAGAGUUCCACUCGCAGCAUGGACACUACUACAAGACACGCAUUCCAAAGUUUGGACGGGACUUUUCGUACCACUAUCCGUCCUGUGACCUCUAUUUUGUGGGGACAAGUUCCGAGGUGUUCAGACUGAACCUGGAACAGGGGCGCUUCCUCAACUCGCUUCAGACUGAUGCUGUGGAGAACAAUGUGUGUGACAUCAACCCCGUUCAUCAUUUGUUUGCCACAGGAACCUCUGAGGGAAAGGUCGAAUGCUGGGACCCUCGUGUACGGAACAGAGUGGGCAUGCUGGACUGCGCCCUGAGCAGCCUCGCCGAAGGAACGGAAGUUCAAAGUUUGCCCUCAGUUAGUGCGCUGAAGUUUAACGGCUCCCUCUCCAUGGCAGUGGGCACCAGCACAGGACAGGUGCUGCUCUAUGACCUGCGCUCCAGCCAGCCGCUGCUGGUUAAAGACCACUUCUACAACCUGCCGAUCAAGUCCCUAAACUUCCACGAUCAACUGGACCUGGUUGUGUCCGCCGACUCUAAGAUUAUAAAAAUCUGGAACAAAGACACUGGCAAGGUCUUCACCUCCAUACAGCCUCAGGCCAACGUCAAUGAUGUUUGCAUCUACCCUAAAUCAGGUAUGCUCUUCACUGCCAACGAAGAUCCCAAGAUGAACACAUUCUACAUCCCGGCCCUGGGUCCUGCACCUCGUUGGUGCUCUUUCCUUGACAACUUGACAGAGGAGCUGGAGGAGAGCCCUGAGAGCACGGUGUACGAUGACUACAAGUUCGUCACCCGGAAGGACCUGGAAAAUCUGGGUUUGUCUCACCUGGUGGGAUCAUCGCUCCUCAGAGCCUACAUGCACGGCUUCUUCAUGGACAUCAGGCUUUAUCACAAGGUCAAAAGCAUGGCAAAUCCUUUUGCAUACGAGGAGUAUCGCAAGGAUAAGAUCCGUCAGAAGAUUGAGGAGUCUAGGGUCCAGAGGGUGCAGGUCAAGAAGUUGCCCAAGGUCAACAAAGAGCUGGCUCUCAAACUGAUGGAGGAGGGUGAUGAUGAAGCAGAGCUGGCUUCUAGGAAAAAGAAGGGCAAGGCUCUCCCCAGCGUCCUGGGAGACGACCGCUUCAAGGUGAUGUUCGAAAACCCUGACUACCAGGUGGACGAACAGAGCGAAGAGUUCCGCCUCCUCAAUCCAAUUGUUUCCAAGGUCGGACAGAAGAGGAAGAAGAAGCUGCGCCUACUAGCUCAGCAGGCUGCCGCUUCCCAACAGGCGGAUGAAGAAGACGAGGAGCCCGAGGGCCGAGCCAGCUCCGAGGAGAGCUCGGAUGAUGACGACAAGAGCUGGGUGGAGGAGGUGAGGGAGCAGCGGAGGUUGCUUCGGCAGGAAGGCCGAGAGCGCCAGAGGCAGGAGAGGAAGGAAGAAGACCGCAACACUGUCCUGCUGGAGAGGGAACAGAACGGAGCGGGGAAAACCUCAAACAUGGCUGAGAGCAAGAAGACAAAUCAGCCUCAAUAUUAUCAGAUCAAAGCUGGAGAAGAGUUCAGAAGUUUUAACGACAUGGCCCGCAAGCAGAAACUACAGAAGACAUCUUUGGAGGAUCGUCUGAAGUUAGAGGAGCACUCUGGAACCAGCAACAUGAGCGACAGUGCAGUGGGCAGCAAGCAGCUAACCUUCACUCUCAAAAAGUCGGAGCAGCAGAGGAAGCAGCAGCAAGCAGAACGGGAACACCACGAGGAGAGGAAGAAGCUGAGGCGCUCGGCCGGACACCUGAGCAGCGGCCGUGGGAGAGGCUGGGGCGGCGGCAGGGGAAGAGGAGGAGGAGGGAGAGGGAGAGGCCGGCACUGAGAAGGGCAACCUAGUCCUCACCCGGGGCCUUUUGUCCUGGAUGGACAACAGAGGCAUGACUGGCACAGUCCUCUGCUCAUGUCAAGGUGUUAUAAUGGCUUUCAUUAACUCAACUUCAAGUGUUGAGGAAUAUGGCAUUUCAGCUCAACAGACAGACUGGAGAUUCUGCACAAGUGGCAAAGACUGACACUGAUGAACAGACGAGCCCGCCUCACUCCUGGGUGGUCUGUGCCACGUGUUUAGCUGCUCUUCAGAGCAUAUUAAAAAAGAUUACGUAUGUCGCUGACUGUGUGCAUAAAACGCCUAAGCCAUUAUCCAAAAGUACCUUGACUACAUACUUUUUUAGCAGGGAUGGCCCCAGACGGAAUUAGAGAAAAGAAGAGCAGAAAGGACUAGACAUGCCUUGCCUUGUCUCAGGCGUGUCUUUUCUUACAACCGCUCUUCAGUUAAACUCCUAUUGCAGAUAAUGGAGGGGAGAAAAUGUAUGCUGUGCAAAAAAUGUAUUAUUUUUAAUUCUCUUUGUCAUUAUUGUAUAUUGUUAAACCAACAGUGGAUUAACAAUACUUGUACUAUAUAUUAUAUUUGGUACAACA